GUAAAAUCUCCUCCGCAACAUCGGAGGGGUACUAAAAAAGUAGUACUAAUAACAGGCCGUUGGGUUAGCUGACCAAUUUCCAAGGUAGAUUUUCAAUGGUGCGACUGCGGAAAGUGAUAAUGACACUUCAACUGUUCUUCUCUCCCUUGUUCACAAAGAAAAUGCAAAAUGGGCCAUUUUUCUUGAAAAACCUGUUCAAACUAAUGACACAAUAAGGUGAAUAACCCUUCCCUAUAUAAAACCCAUCACAAAGCUCCACUCUUUCCUUUGCAUAAUAUUCAGAGUCCCUACAUUUCUCUGGUUAUAUAUUUCCCGAUCUAGAUGUAUCCAGCUGUACCGGAUGAAUACCAAAAACCGGUGGGGCAGCCAUCGGCUCCACCGUAUGACGAUCCUCCGGCCACCGGGAUACCAGUGAUACCACCGCCAUCAAACUAUGCAUACGCCGACAACUCUGGAGCACCACCACAACCGCCGCAUCCGUAUAUUCCGUCCGGGUCGGCGCCCGGGAAUUGGUCAACGGGUCUAUGCGAUUGCUGCUCCGAUUGUUCAACUUGUUGCAUGACUUGUUGCUGCCCUUGUAUAACAUUUGGACAAGUUGCUGAAAUUGUUGACCGAGGAUCAACAUCUUGUGUAAUAAGUGGGUUGCUUUACGGGCUGCUGUGUCAUUUCACGGGGUGUGCUUGUGUGUAUGCGAGCUUCUACCGAACCAAAAUGAGGCAGCAAUACAAUUUGCCAGAAACCCCCUGCGCUGAUUUUCUAGUCCAUUGCUGUUGUGAAUGUUGCGCUUUGUCACAAGAAUAUCGUCACCUCAAAAGCCAGGGCUUUGAAUUGUCGCUUGGAUGGAGUGGAAAUAUGGAAAAGCAAAACCGUGGACUGACAAUGUCACCAAUUGUCCCACAUGGAAUGAGUCGAUGAACGCGGGAUUGAUUAUUACUCUCUCUCUCAUAGAUAUAGUUUGGAUUGUUAAACGGUAUUUCCUACCGUCAAAAUAAUAAUAAUAAAAAAAAAAUUAGCACUAGUAUUUGUAAUUUCUUUGUAGUUGUGCAUUUAGCAGGUUCUCCUGGAGCUGCUUUAAUUUUUUUCUUGGGCUUAAAAAUCUAUUAAAUUCCCUGUACUCGACUAUGCUAUGUACACAUUCUACCUCAUUUGUUAUUGCUGUUGUUGGGAUGACUUUAAAUGUUUUUUUCCCCCCAUUAUCUUUAGAGAUCAAAGUCAUAAUCCUUAUGCCCCAAGAUAAGAAAUGGGUCCCCUUUGUUGCAGACUUCCAUUAAGAAUUCUUUGGAUGGAAGGGUAUGUCAGUAUUAAUCUUCUAGAAAAGAAAAGGA